CCGGACCUCCAGAAUAGGGGUGGCCCUUUAUCAGGCAGCGCCCCCCCACGAGCCCCAUCACCCCAUUCCACUUCCUGAAAGGGAAGACCCCCGAUUCUUCGAAGCGGCCGAGCUCCAGGGUGGGCCUGGAGCCUGUGGCCCGCAGCAGAGCCUCCCUGCUCCUGCCCGUUGGGGCUCCGGAAGCAGAGCAGCCGCCAUGCACAUCCCCGAAAGCCUCCAGGACCUGGCUGACAGCGAAGCCGUGCAGUUUCUGAAGAGGCCAAAAACGAUCCUGCGGAUCUUCGCAGGGGUCUUCUCGCUGAUCGUCUUCUCGUCUGUGCUGACCGACGGCUUCCAGAACAAGACGGACUCUUCAAAGCUCCACUGCGUCCUCAACGGCAACAACGUGGCCUGCAGCUUCGCCGUGGGCGCCGGCCUCCUCGCCUUCCUCAGCUCUUUGGGCUUCCUGGCCCUGGACGCCCACGAGGGCCGCAUCGCCAGCACCCGCUUCAAGACGGCCUUCCAGCUGCUGGACUUCAUCCUGGCCGUCCUCUGGGCCGGCAUCUGGUUCGUGGGUUUCUGCUUUCUGACCAACCAGUGGCAGCAUUCGUCACCCAAACAGUUCCUCCUGGGGAGCAGCAGCGCCAAGGCCGCCAUCGCCUUCUCUUUCUUCUCCGUCUUCGUCUGGAUAUUCCAGGCCUACCUGGCCCUCCAGGACCUGCGGAGCGAUGCUCCGGUCCCCUACAAGCGCUCCCUGGACGAGGGUGGCGUGGUGCUCACAACCCUCUCCCCGCCUUCCGCCGCCAGCCCCAUCAACAUGCCCGCCGCCGGCCCCAACAGCCUGAGUUACGCCAGCUCUGCCCUGUCCCCCUAUCUGACCACUCCGAAGGUCCCCCGCCUCGCCAUGAUGCCCGACAACUAGACACCCUCCUCCGCCUCAGUAAAGAAGGGUUUCUGAAAACAGCCCUCUGUCCCGGUCCUGUCCGCUCCUCUCCGCGGCCUCGGGUGGCCCAGGGUGGGGAGAAGUCCUAUGAGGUCACCCCAGGGGUCUCUGCGGGUGGUCCGUACCAGGUCCCAGACUCUCCAUCCGGGAACCAGCGUGAUAGCGGCAGCAUCGUGGUCACAGGAAGGGAACACAUCUUUCGGGUCUGUGACACAUCGAGGCCUUUGCUCGCUCCUCACACCAGACAUGGAGGGGUGUACGAGGCACCCCACUGGACAGAAGAGGAAACUCAAGUUCAGGGAAAGGAAAUGCUAAGAACCAGGGCCACCAACCCUGGGACCGGCCCCCGAGCUGACGCCGAAACCCAAAGCCUUUCACUCAUCUCGGUGACAAGGCUCACAACUCAAAACGGAGCUGUGCGGGGCGUCCCUGAAGGAACAGGGUGGCGAGUCCGUGGCUGGGGUCGGGGGGCCUUUGAAUAUUUGGAAGGCCGUCUUGGGGAAGGUGAAGGGGUUUUAUUCCAGAACCCAGGAGCUCAUCAGGGACUCAUAAGCACGACUGCCUGCAGGGUAACCCCUGCGGAUGUAGCACCCAUUAAGGGAGCGGUGGGGACAGGGCGGCCAUCACGCGUCACCUACCGCUCAGCACCACGGGCCCCGGAGCCUGGAGCCACACUGUCCGAUUGAAAUACAGUGCGAGCCACAGAGGGAGAAUUUUAAAUAGUCCAGUAGCCACAUUAAGAAAAGAAACGAAACAAGUGGAAUUUGUAUAUAUUUUAUUUAACCCAGCAUAUCCAAAAUAUCGCAUUUCAGCGUGUCGUCAGGAUAAAAAAUUAUUAGGUAGCUUCCAGUCUCUCAUACC